CCCCAAAGCCUUCCAGCCUUCAUUUCUUAUAUCCACCCUUCCAUUUCAACUGCGCAUAAGCUAAUCGCACGCACUUGCCGAAGUAGCAGCUCCGAAAUCUCGAACAUGGAAGAUCAAAACCUAACUGAAGAAUCAUUAGCUCCAAUUUCUCCACAGUUACGAGAGAAUAUCCACAACGAUGACGAACAAAGAACCGAAUCUUCCGACUCCGACGACGAUUCCAGCGAGUCGGACGACGACGAACUUCAAAUCAGCAGUCAACUGCAAACUCUGGAGGAUGAACUCUCUAUCAAUCCUUCCAACUACGACGCUCAUGUCCAAUAUAUAAAGAUUCUAAGGAAAAUGAGUGAGCUCGAGAAGCUAAGAGAAGCUAGGGAAGCUAUGAGCGCAUUAUUUCCACUUAGCCCUGCUAUGUGGCAGGAAUGGACUAAGGAUGAAGCUUCUCUCUCCACUCGGCCUGAGGCUUUAUCUGCUAUUGAGAAGCUUUAUGAGCGAGGGCUUUCCGAUUAUCUGUCUGUGUCUUUGUGGUGUGACUACCUCAAUUUUGUGCAAGAAUAUGAUCCCUCAGUGCGCGACUGCUUACCUGACGGUAUUUCGAAAGCAAGAAAUUUGUUUGAGCGUGCUGUCACUGCAGCUGGUUUGCAUGUCACUGAAGGUAGUAAAAUAUGGGAAGCAUACAGGGAAUUUGAGCAAGCAAUUUGUCCCGCUAUUGGUGAAGUUGACUUCGAGGGAAGAGAAAAGCAAGUCCAACGCAUUCGAAAUUUAUUUCAUCGCCAGUUGUCUGUGCCUCUUGCUAAUUUGAGGUCAUUACUUCUUGGGUACAAGGCUUGGGAGGUGGAACAAGGGAGUAAGCUUGAUUCUGAAUCCAGCAAUGUGGAUGGAAUUCCUUCUCAUAUUGCUUCAGCAUAUCAAAAGGCCUUAGAUAUGUUUCAUGCUCGUAUUCAUCUGGAAGAACAGAUCAGCAAGAAGGAUAUAUCAGACACUGAGAAAUUUCAGCAAUUCAUGGAUUACUUGAUAUUCGAACAAUCAUUUGGAGAUCCUGUCCGAGUUCAAGUUUUGUAUGAACGUGCCGUAACUGAAUUUCCCAUAUCAAGUGAUCUCUGGCUUGAGUAUACUCGUUAUCUGGAUAGAACUUUGAAGGCAGGAAAAAUUGUGACAGAUAUUUACUCUAGAGCAAUAAAAAAUUGUCCGUGGGUUGGAGAACUUUGGGUUCGAUAUUUGCUUUCCCUGGAACGUGGGCAUGCUUCUGAGAAAGAGAUAUCUGCUGUUUUCGAGAAAUCCUUGCAAUGCUCGUUUUCAACCCAUGAGGAGUAUCUAGAUUUGUUCCUUACCCGUGUAGAUGGCUUGAGGCGAAGAAUUUCAUCUGCUAGUGAAGGAAACGUCACAUUGGAUUAUUCAUUAAUAAGGGGAACUUUUGAGCAAGCAUCAGACUACUUAUCACCGCACAUGAAGAAUACGGAUGGUUUGUUGUGCUUGCAUGCUUAUUGGGCCCGUCUGGAGCUAAAAUUUGGAAAAGAUUUAGGUGCAGCUCGUGGUGUUUGGGAAAGAUUGCUUAAGAAUUGUGGUUCGAUGCUAGAAGCUUGGCAAGGUUAUAUUGCAAUGGAGAAGGAAUUGGAUCAUAUCAAUGAAGCUAGGUCCAUUUAUCGGAGAUGUUACAGUAAAAGAUUUGCUGGAAUGGGUUCAGAGGACAUAUGCAAUGCUUGGCUGCGCUUUGAGAGGGAAUUCGGUACAUUGGAGGAUUAUGACCAUGCAGUACAAAAGGUUACACCGCGUCUGGAAGAGCUGCGAUUAUUUAGGUUGCAACAGGAACCUAAAGCACAUAAUACAUCAACACAUCAGCAAGAACAAGUCCUCAAAAGAACUUCUCAUGAAAAGAGAAAGCCAGGUCCAAGCAUGGCUAAUGAACUGUUGCCAGCCAAGCGGCAGAAAAAUAAAGGUCAAAACUCGAAGAAAAUGGAAGUGCACAACUUAGCUGAAGUAAAUAACAUGGACAAGACUGAAGAGAUGGAAGCCAAGGUUGAGAAACAAGACAAUUUGAAUGACCAGCAGAUGAAAGCCUCCGACUCUGGCAAAACUAAAGUGUAUAUGGACCAAUGCACAGCUUUUAUCUCAAAUCUUAGCCUAAAGGCAAACUAUGAAGAUCUCCGCCGGUUUCUUCAAUGAUGUUGGUGGGUUGUAUCUGUUCGAGUCUACACGACAAAUUCACUGGAAAGUCAAGGGUCUC